AUGGUGUUGAUGGACAAAGUGCUUAGGACUAUAAAGACUAAAGCAUGGUGCCUUCUGAUCGUGUGUGCGGUGGCUAUCGUGAUGGAAGCAGCUGCUCUCAAUGGGGACAACGUCUGCAUGGUGAAACAGAAAUACAACAUCACGAAACGAGUAAAGUACCGUGCCCCGAUGUCAGUUCGAACGUACGAGUGGUGCUUCUCCAUGCCACCGAGGUGUUCCAGGUGGAACACCGAGAUGAGGGACCUGACCAGGCUUGAGACCGAAGAAAGAAUAGCAGAGGUGGCUGUGUGCUGUCCAGGGUAUAAGAUGAGGGAUGUGUCCUGUGUCCCAAUCUGUCCUAACGGGAAGACAGGACCUGGGUGCUCCGAAGAUUGUCCAGACAACAAAUGGGGCCCGAACUGUAUACAUGAAUGUAACCGAUGUAAGAAAGGUUUCUGCUCACCCAUCACAGGCGAGUGCGAGUGCUUGGACGGAUGGCAAGGUGAGAGUUGUGAUGUGAGCAUGCCACCAACGACAGCGACGCCGUCGUUUGAAGAAAUACUAACUGCACUGACAACUAAAAUAAUACCUACAACAACUAGAAUAACCUCCACUGUAACAACUCUUAGAACCACGGUAACAACGCCUUCAACUACCACGACAACACCUAGAACUACUGUAACAACGCCUAGCACUACUUUAACAACUCCUACGACAAUUGUAACAACUCCUACGACAAUUGUAACAACUCCUACAACAGUUGUAACCACUCCUACGACUGUUGCAACAACUCCUACAACAGUUGCAAUAACUCCUACGAAAGUUGCAACUACUCAUGCAAUAGUUGCUACAACUUCUUCUACUCCUGUCAGAACUCCGACAACAACAGCAGCCCCCACUACUAAAGCGACAUUACCUACUUCAGCAUCAACUAAAAAUGUGUUCACUCCAACGAUAGUUACUUUGGACACAAAAGAAAACCAGAAUAAUGAAAUGACAACUACAUUUCCCAAAGAAAUACCAAAAACAGUUACAGAUUAUGUUAACACAAGUAUUAUUAAUACAAGUACUACAAAAGUUACUAAACCUACUACUGAAGCUGUUACAGAGAAAGUUAAGAUUCAUCCGAUUAAUGUUAAAACUGACAAGUUGGAGACGACCACAGAACCAAUUAUUGCAAUAAAGACUGCACCAACUGCACACGCAAAACCAAAACCCAUCGAAGUCCUUACAACAACUGAAAUGCCAACAACUGUAUCAUUAACAACAGUGGAAACAACGAUAAAGAUGGAAACCUCAAAAAAGGAAACCACAGUAAAAUUUCUUCCAACAACGAUCAAAUUCAAACCAAAAGAAAUAUGGAUAAGACCAGCUCAAAAAGGUGAAUCUCCUAUUGUAGAAACAAAAAUUAAAACUACUCAUGAAUUUCCAAGGUACAGAAGUGCUAAUAACAAUAAUAAAGAAUUAACACCAACUGUAACUACACCAAAGACGAUCAUCGUAUCUAUUAUACCUACGUCGGUGUCUUACACAACUUUUAAAAAGAUCGCUUUAACUUCGUCAUUUGUAUCAGCAAAGAACAGCUCAACCGUACAGUCCUAUAAUAAAACAGAGAUUGAGUCUACCAAGCCAAUGUUAACAGAAACUACAACACCGCCGAUUAAACUGAGCCCUUUGUCAAGAAAAGAUUUGUUGGCAACAUCGUAUUUUAUAAACAACACUCUAGUGUCCAGCACUUCUGUAACUCCAAAAUCAACAACUUCUUCAACUAAAUCAACUAUUAUAGUAACGAAAUCUCUGGAAACUAAGUCUAUACCUCGUAUUAAUAGAACUAACAGCAUGAUGACUGACAUUAACAAGAAUGUUUCUACUUUCAUAACAACUGCUUCUUUCAAUGCAACAAGAACUUCAUUGGAAAUUAAUGAUUUACUCACGACUUCUACUACUACCACUACUACUAGUACAUCUCCUAAAACUACAAGUGUGACACAAUCCUCAACGGAGCAUACAACAAAACACUUGAUAAAAUAUGUUUUACCUAAAAAAGUUACUGCAACAGCAGAAACAAAAAAGAUUAAACCAACUACUAAUGCACCAAAAAUUGAUGAUAAAGAAUUUAAAAAGGCUAACGUUACUAAAAGUUUUACUAAAGUUACAACUGAAGGACCAGCGGAUGAUGAAGAAUUUCAUAUUUUGACAGAACCUGAGCAUAUAACAGCUGUUAUGGGGGACAAAGGAUCAGAGAGGUCCUCUGUAGACCUGAUAUCAGUGAUCAGUAUAGCCGGAGGAGUGAUGAUGGCCGUCAUCACGGUAGCCGUGGUGAUUGUGAUGAUUGAGAGGUGCAAGAAGCCGAGAUACGAGGAUGUGAGGAAGAUUAAUGAUAUAAGAAUGCAAGUGAUGAUUGAUAACAAUGACGUGCCGCCGCCAUACGUGAGGAGCAUCUUCCAUACUCCGUUACCAGAUCCUCCAUCUUCGGAAAAGUGUCAUUAUCAACCAAUUUCAACGUUGGACCGGAAUUUAAAACAAUUUAUGAGACCGGUUGUAGUACAAACGAUUUCUCCUAUAAUGCUGGAAAACUUUAGAGGUAUCCUAGAAUGCCAUUACGACCAUUUGCCAAGAAGGAGCCACGAGUUCAACACAAUCCAAACUCGAUCUUCAAUAGCGCCAUCUAUGAUCGACUGCAGCGAACUACGACAACUUCGAGCUAGCGUAACUGAAUCUACGAUUGAAGCGUUGAAAUGUGAAGCAAAACUGGAUGUUAUAGAUAGCACAACUUCAGAACCUCUUUAUGCUGAAAUUCCAUGUUGGAGGCCACCUUCUGAACAUGCUAUUGAAAUCAUGAACUUAAACGGCGAAGCCGUAACAGAAUUAUGA